AUGUCUGUCCAGAAAUGGAGCAAAGCUGUGAAUCCCGUUCUUUCAACCACUUUGGACCUCCCUCCCAGUUGCAUCGAGUUCGUCCCACGAUCCCGCGACAAGCUUCCAUGUUUCCAGACUGGAGAGUACUUUGUCGUUGGAACGUACCACCUACAGAAAGAAGCAGAAACACCUUUGACACCGGAUGUUGGUACAAAGGACAGUAAGCAGCCCGAGGCUACUGGGUCAUCUCCUCAAUCGUAUCAGGAUUCGAAGCUGCAAUCUAGGAAUGGCAGCUUGAAUCUCUUCAAGCUCACAGGGCAUAAAUUCAGAGCUCAUGGGCAGAAGCUGCGUCUCAUCCAAAGAGUGCCUUGCCCAUCUGCAGUCCUUGAUCUUCACUUCCACCCGGUGUUUGCUAGCACACUCGGAGUUGUCACGAGCACGGGCGCUAUCUUAAUCUACAAUCUGGCCGAGGAGUUGGUCACCGCAUCUCACGGAGAUGUUGGCGACAGCCCCUUCAUCUAUACGCUGAAGCAUCGGGCCACACUACAAGUAUUCUCUCCCAACACAAUCAUCACCUCUUUCGCUUGGUAUCGGGCCACCGGUGAAUCAAAUUUCAAACAGUCUUCGUCGGACUUGAUGGCAUGUACGACAUCCGACAAUUCUGUCUAUCUUGUGAGGCUGAACUGGGUCAUUGAGGACGAGGACUGUCCAGACGCAGAACAAGAUUACCAUUACCACUUCGAUAUUCUCAACAAUGGCCAGCCAAUCAACAAGCAUGACCUGGAAGCCUGGUGUUGUACUUUCAGCCCCGAAGGCACCGUCUAUUCUGGAGGUGACGAUGGCAAAAUACGGGCUACUCCACUGUACCGCGAUCCCUUCAACAGGGCGAAGGAUGUCGAACUUCAGGAAGUCUCAAGACAAACUGUAUUUUCUGGUCACGAAGCGGGCGUGACUGCUAUCCUGGUCCUGCCAUUGCCCAGCUCACCCUUGGGAUCCAUACUUCUCACCGGUAGCUAUGACGACUCCGUCCGAGUCUAUGCCGAACACGAUUUCCGACCAUACGUUGCGAAUACUAAACCAAAGGUCCUCGCAGAACUGAAGAUUGGGGGUGGUGUCUGGCGUCUGAAGUUCCUUCAAGAUUACCCCCUGUCAACUAAGAGCGACGUCAACGUCAAGUACCGAGUUCUGGCAUCGUGCAUGCAUGAAGGGGCCCGAAUUCUCGAGGUUUCUGGGAGUCAAACGGGAGAUUGGAAGAUCGAAGUAAUCGCAACCAUGAAGAUCCACGAGAGUAUGUGCUACGCUGCUGAUGUCAAGCCUCUGGCUAUGAAUCCUCCUUUGGGAUGGGGUGAGACACGCCUCUGUGUUAGUGCCAGCUUUUACGAUAAGUUGCUGUGUGCUUGGGUUUUCAAUCCGGAUGAUGUUGAGAAGCCAAAUUAG